CAAGACCUGUGAGUGGCUGGUGUCCUAAGAGAGACCUAGGCCUAACCAUGCAGCCUCGCUUCUAUUACAAAGUGCGCCUUCAAGUGAAUGUCAAAGCCUGAGCACGCAUGCGCACUAAGAGACGGGGACGCGCGCGCCGGAGCUGACACACAGAGGCAGUGGAGCAAGAUAAAAAAAAAUGGCUUUCUCUGGUAUCCUCAGUGACGCUGACAUCGCUUCUGCCAUCAAGAAUGCUGAAGGCAACUUCAACUACAAAACUUUCUUCACCCAGUCCGGUCUGAGCAGCAAGUCCCAGGCUGAUGUCAAGAAAGUCUUUGAAAUCCUGGAUCAGGACAAGAGUGGCUACAUUGAGGAAGAGGAAUUGAAACUGUUCCUGAAGAACUUCAGCGCUAAUGCCAGAGAACUGACUGAUGCUGAAACCAAGGCCUUCCUGUCAGCUGGUGACUCAGAUGGUGAUGGCAAAAUUGGAGUUGACGAGUUCCAAGCUUUGGUCAAGGCUUAAAUGAAACUCAUCGGAUGAUCCUAGAAAUACACCUUCUCCCCUUUCUUUUUUUAAACUGAAGUGUCAGUGGAACCCGGGUAACAAAAAUGAAAAGUUUGCCCUGUUGAAGGGGUGGUAGGAUUCUGCUCCAAGCAAAAUUCACAGUCACUUCCCUGAUCAGCGCUGUCUACAACAUCCUCUUCAACCACUACCAUCAGGAUCCUGAGCUUCCACAGCUAACAGUUUAAUGCCUCAGCCUAUUUAUUUAUAUAUAUUUUUAUAUUGAUAAUGCAUUGCCAACUGUUUCUAGAAUUACACCUUUUGUAAAUCAAAACACUGACGAUACCAAACAUUGAUGUGUUAAAGUAACAAGAAUGAUGUAGACACAAUGCUAUCAAUAAAAAACAUG